AUGCCUCUACAGCUCAAGGCGAGGAACUAUGAGGAGGCGAUCGACUCGUACAAUAAGCUGGAUGCGGUUCUGUCGCGCCUCUACGGCUCCAUGCUGCACGGCAGGGGCGUUGCUUGCUCCAUGCUGAAGCAGCACCAGCAGGCGGCUCUGGACUUGAAGCAGGCAGUGGAGAAGCAGCCGCACAAGGCAAACUACUGGGUGGAGCUGGGGCAGGAGUACACCCUUCUGAACGACUACUCCAAUGUGAGUAAGCUGCUCUAUGCUUUAGGCGCACAGUGCCUUUGUCAAGUCAAGGCAGUGGAGCUUGACCCCCACAACAACAGGUGGUUUUUGAGAAUGUUCACAACCCCCUUCUCGUUCUCUCCUGCUUCCUGCGUCCUUCCAUCCCCUUGCCUUCCACUCCACACUCCCCCCCCCAUCAGGCGCACAGUGCCUUUGUCAAGGCAGUGGAGCUCGACCCUCACAACGACAGGGCCCGGCAAUUCCGAGCCGUUUAUUAUCACACAGGUGGCUUACUCGCCGCUGCGCCUCCCUCAACUACCCAUCCUCCUACCCCGCCCCCUCCACAUUCCCCCUUUCAUCACAGGCAUGAGUGCGUUUGAGAUAGAGCACUACGCAGCAGCUCUGGAAGACCUCGUCCCUGCACUCACACGCGACCCGACCAACACCCAGCUGCUCACGCAGGUCGGGCUCUCGCUGCUGCGCCUCAACCGCUACCGCGAGUCACAGCCGUUCUGGGAGGCGGCCGUGCAGGCGGACCCUGGGGAGGCACGCCCGGGGGAGGAGCACCCAGGGGAGGAAAGCUCAGGGGAGGCACGCCCGGGGGAGGCACACCUGGGGGAGGCACACCCGGAGGAGGGCGAGGCGUGGGUGCAGAAGGGCAUCACACACCGCAUCCUGGGCGAGGGGGACAAGGCUGUGGACUCGCUGCUCAUGGCGCUCUCUGUGCAAGAGAACAUUGAUGCAUACCGCAACCUGGUAGCCACGAGGCGUUAUCAAGGGGAUCACUGGGGCGCCAUCGAGUGGUGCAACAAGGGGCUGGCGUUCCGGCCAGAGGACGAGGAGCUGCUGUACGUGCGCGCCUCCAUGCACCACGCGCUGGGCGACCAUGCUACAGCCCUCUCCUUUUACGACCAUCUCCUCGCAACGGCCACAGAGCAGCACAUGACGUUCAACCAGGCAGUCUCCUACUACCAGAGGGAGGUGCUGCUAUACACGGUGGCGCGGCUCGACCGGCCCUUCUCAGCCUUCCAGAUAGACGACGACAUGGAUGUGGACUUCAAGGUGGCGUGGCUGAACAGGAGGGUGCCUCCAGGCCUGCCCAACUACCAGAAUUUAUCUGUCCCCGCCAGCCAAUUGGAGGGUGCCACGUGGCAGUUGCUGCCACAGCUGUCAGAGGCGGCGUUGGCUGUGAUCGCAGCGGCCGAUGAGAUUGGAUGGCGGGCCCACUACGAUACGGAUGGCGUGAUGCCAAACAAGCAGCAGCUGCGCAUGGCAGGGCUGGCAGCCCUAGAUGUGAUGCAGCAGGUACGGGCCACGUGGGAGGCCAUAGCAGACGGGGGGCGCCUGCCAAGCAUUGUGGAAGACGACGACGAGGAGGGGGAGGAGGGCGAGGGGGCUAAGGAGGGGAGAGCCGGAGAAGAAGAGGAGGGCGAGGGGGAGUGGGACAAGCUCACGUCGCCCCCUAGGAUGCCGCUGAAGCGUUUUUCAGGCAGUGGUGGGAGUGGAGGGAGCAGUGGGGGCGAGUCAGUGCAGCUGGUGGGCAGUUGGAGGCAGCUGUUCCAGGUCAUGGUGCCGUGGCGACAACUCUCCGACCCCACCGAGCCGCCUCUCUGGAAGGCCAUGUUCAAGUGCGUCCGUCCCGCCCGCCUCCUCUGCUCGCUGCCUCUUUGUCUCCUCCAUGCCGUGCCUGCUCGCUGCCUCCCUUUAAACCUCCCUUCCCUUCGCUUCCCCUUCCCCUCCAACCCCACCGAGCCUUUGGAUUGUUCAAGUCUGAACCAGCGCUUUCAGGGGAGCUUUCAUUCGCACACUCCCAUUCACACGUGGAAGCAGUUUAGCUCCAAAUACAAUGCUAUCUAUGACAGGGCAGUGGAAGUGACGCGGAGGGGGCUACUGGAGGGGCAGCAAGCAUUGGAUGAGGAUGGCAACGUUAUCCCUGUCCCCCGUGACGUGUAUGGACCCAAGAUAGAAGCAGCGAAGGGCCAUGAGGGGCUGUACCAUGCAAUUGGUCGGGACUUCUAUCUGCGCCUGCCCUUGCACAGCAUGGCCAAACCUGGGACGGUCUUGCAUGGAACAGAGUUCAAGUUGGAAAAGAAGGCGCUGUCAAUCGACUUUCAGACGUACACCAAGAACUCUGCCACGCAGUGGGGGCAGCUGGAUGAUGAGCUCACUGCCGCCUGGGAGAGCCUGUCGGCGGCGGUGCUAGAUCUGCCCACGAGGGCCACGGACAGCAGCCUGUACCAGCAGCGCAUUCGGGAGAACAUUCUGCGCAUCAGCUACUACUGGUUCCAGCUCAUGCCGCUGUCCCGCGGGUCCGCCAUGGUGGGGCUUGUUUCCAUCCUCGGCCUUUCCAUGGCUGCUGACAUGGAAACCACUGCGCGCAUCCCAAGGGAUGUUUUGGUUGACUGGGAAGGGCUGUUUGCAACUCGCUUUCAAGACUUCUACGAUGCGGUUGCUCCUUGGCUCUAUUCUUCUGUUAAGCGGUCGCCUUGGCACCUCCCUAUUGUGCGAGAGGCGCUGCCAACCACACGCCACGUACUGGCUGCUCUGAGCUACAAAUGA